GAACCUUUGCUGUUUUCCUCUUUCAGGGCACCAAUGCCUCUGCUCUGGAGAAAGACAUUGGUCCAGAGCAGUUUCCGAUCAAUGAGCACUACUUUGGAUUGGUCAACUUCGGGAACACGUGCUACUGCAACUCCGUGCUCCAGGCGCUGUACUUCUGCCGGCCGUUCCGCGAGAACGUGCUGGCCUACAAGGCCCAGCAGAAGAAGAAGGAGAACCUGCUCACCUGCCUGGCCGACCUCUUCCACAGCAUCGCCACGCAGAAGAAGAAGGUCGGCGUGAUCCCCCCGAAGAAGUUCAUCUCCCGCCUGAGGAAGGAGAACGAUCUCUUUGAUAACUACAUGCAGCAGGACGCUCACGAAUUUUUAAAUUAUUUGCUGAACACUAUCGCGGACAUCCUGCAGGAAGAGAAGAAACAGGAAAAACAAAACGGAAAACUCAAAAAUGGCAACAUGAACGAACCUGCGGAGAAUAACAAACCAGAACUCACCUGGGUUCAUGAGAUUUUUCAGGGAACGCUCACCAAUGAAACUCGAUGCUUGAACUGUGAAACUGUUAGUAGCAAAGAUGAAGAUUUUCUUGACCUUUCUGUUGAUGUGGAACAGAACACAUCCAUUACCCACUGUCUAAGAGACUUCAGCAACACAGAAACACUGUGCAGUGAACAGAAAUAUUAUUGUGAAACGUGCUGCAGCAAACAGGAGGCCCAAAAACGGAUGAGAGUGAAAAAGCUGCCCAUGAUCCUGGCCCUGCACCUGAAGCGGUUCAAGUACAUGGAGCAGCUGCACAGGUACACCAAGCUGUCCUACCGCGUGGUCUUCCCGCUGGAGCUGCGGCUCUUCAACACCUCCAGCGACGCCGUCAACCUGGACCGCAUGUACGACCUGGUCGCCGUGGUCGUGCACUGUGGCAGCGGUCCGAAUCGCGGGCAUUACAUCACCAUCGUGAAAAGCCACGGCUUCUGGCUUUUGUUUGAUGACGACAUCGUAGAGAAAAUAGAUGCUCAAGCUAUUGAAGAAUUCUAUGGUCUGACAUCAGAUAUAUCAAAAAAUUCAGAAUCUGGAUAUAUUUUAUUCUAUCAGUCAAGAGAAUAACUUAAAGAACCGUGGGACUCAUUCGAGCGGGGGGGAAACGUUGAAAGCACUAUUACCCGGUUUCUCUGCAGACUUGCCUCUUCUGCAGUGGGCCACUGCUGGUGUCACUCCAAGUCCCAAUGGUCUGGCCGUGUUAAA